AUGCCAGCAACGGUGAGCGUCUCGUCAGUGGAGCUUGAUAGCAACAGUUGCAGCAGCAGGAGAGGGUUCCGGAUCAACGUGUCAACGGAGAGGAGCCGACCUGGGCUUGUGGUGUCGGUUCUGGAGGCCUUGGAGGACCUCGGCCUCGACGUCCUGGACGCCGACGUCUCCUGCGCCGACGACACCGCCUUCCGCUUCCAAGCGCUUGGUGGAUCAGGCCAGCAGGGCAAGCAGCAGCAGCACCAGGGGGGAAGCGUGGAUGAACAAAUGGUUCAGCAAGCGGUGUUGCAGGCCAUCAGCAAAUGCAUGGACGAUGAUGAUGAGUAA